AUGUCUUUGGAGGUGCAAUCGCUUGCCUUGAACGCUCUUACGAAGCGUAUUCAAGAUGAAGCGGAGGUGUUGCCGGAUGGCAUCUUACGCGUCGCUGAUUUCCUCAAUUACAGGGUGGACCCUGUCCUGAUGGACAGCUGUGGAGCGCUCCUGGCGAAUCGGCUGAUGGAUGCAAAGCCGACCAAGAUCCUAGCUGGCUGCAGCAGCCAAGGGCUCCUUCCAGCGGUGGCAGCAUCAAGGCACUUGGAGAUGCCCGUAGUCUUCGCUUACCCUUCUGUCCCGGAUACCUGGAACGGUGAUGCCACCAUUUCGGCUACUCUCCAGGGCCGCACUCACUGGGUACUUUCGAGUGCGAUUUGCGCCGAGGAUCGGGUAGUGAUAAUAGAUGAUGUCGUCAGCACAGGCACAACAGUCACUGCUCUGAAAACCAUCUGCGAGAAGGCCGGUGCCAAAGUUGUUGGGGUCGGUGCGAUCAUCCACAACUGCCUUGCUAAUGGUGGGGGCAGUCCGAUUGAAGGAAAGUUCGAGAGCCUGGCACAGGUUUCCAAGCCUAGUGCAGGAGGCCCUGUGGCUGUGAAGCCGUGCAUUGUCCCUGCGGUUCAGCAGCAGCAGUUGCCAGAGGUUGUUGCGGCAGAUGUUCUGACGGAGCGCGUGAUGCGAGAGGGAAAGGUGCUACCUGGAAAUCUGCUCAAGGUUUACUCCUUUGUUAAUCAUCAAGUUGACACGCGCUUGAUGGACAUGUGUGGCCAGCUGCUCGCGCGGGUUUUUGCGGGUUUUGGGGUGCAGAAGGUGCUCACGGCCCAAACCGGAGGUCUCCCUCCAGCACAUGCCGUAGCAACGGCCUUGCGUGUGCCGCUUGUCUGUGCUCGGGAGACGCAUGAGAACGAUGAGGUGGUCAUGCAGACAAUGUACAGCGCCCCUUCGGAAAGCUUCACCAAGAAGAAGAAGUUGGUACUUUAUGUUACGAAAGAAGCCUUGCUUCCCGGCGAGGUGGUUUUGGUUGUGGAUGAUUUUCUUGCCACGGGCACCACUGGUGUAGCGCUGCAUCGAUUGGUUGAGCAGGCAAAGGCUGAAGCAACAGGGAUGGCUUUCCUUGUCGAAAAACGAUUCCAAGAUGGUCGUGGAAAGAUUCUGCGGGAGCUGCCCCACUUGAACGGCCGGAUCGUAUCACUUGCAUGCAUCGAAGCGAUGUCCACAGAGGGUAUUUCCUUGGACUGCAAGGUGGUCGGUGACUGCAAACCCAUCCAACCUGCAGACGGGAAAGUAAUGAUCAACCGAGUCCUGUCGUCUGCCCAAGCACAUCAGGGACGGGGCAUGAUCAAUGCCUCUACCUUCCUGAACCACGUUGUGGACACGAGGCUCAUGGAUCAGGCUGCUACGCUGCUGGCAAAGCGUUUCGUAGACUCACGGGCCACGGCGGUUCUGACCGCUGAAAUGUCCGGUGUUGCACCAGCCUUGGCUUUGGCAAUGCAACUUCGAGUGCCCUUGAUCUGUGCACGCAGGGAGCUGAGCAAGGUUAUGGCUGUUGCUGGUGGCACAAUCUCUGCAAAAGUCGAGGGCAGCACGGAUUCGGCGCGAGGAACUCUUCACAUCUUUCGCGACCACCUGCGAAAGGAUGACGCCGUGCUGCUAAUCGACGAUAUUUUGGGAAACGGAGCCACGACCAUGGCUCUGCAGAACCUCUGUGACCAGGUGGGUGCUACGGUUGUUGGUGCAGGCUUUCUCGUGGAGAAGGUUUUCCAGCACGGCCGGGGCAAAAUUUUGGCUGCGCGACCGCACAUGGCUGACAGCAUUGUGGCUCUCACGAAAGUCUUAUCGAUGGAUGAUCAAGGGCUGAAGGUCUUCCGCUGCCCUGAGCCUGCUCGAGACACCUGGGUGCGAGUGGCCACAGAUCUCGUCCGGAGAAUGAGCAAGGAAGUUGAGAUCGAUGUGGCAGCAAAUGCCAUGAAGUUCAGGUCAGUGUUGGGUCAGCAUAUGAGCAUGGACCCGGUUAUGCUCGAUGCUUGUGGUGACGUGCUGGCUGCGCAGUUUGCCGGGGUCACCAAGGUCCUGACGGGUGCUCCGGUGCAGGGCCUGUCGGUGGCGUACGUAGUGGCCAGGCAUUCCGAGGUGCCGAUGAUCUUCGCUCGUAACACUGUGCCGCUGACCAUGAAGGGUCAGCGGAUUCUGAGCGCCCAAGCUCCUACAGGCAUGUUUAACGUCUCCGGCGAGUUCUUCGGCCCAAGCGAUCGAGUUCUUAUUGUGGACGACUUCCUGGCUUCAGGGCAGACGGCGCUGGCGUUGAAGCAGAUUUGUGAGGAAGCCGGUGCGACGAUUGCCGGCUACGCCUUCUUGGCCUUGAAUCGCACGCAACUCGUGGGCCAGAGACCGGCAUCCGUCGCCGUCAACUCUUCAGGCCGCGAGGCUCUGGGCUCCAAGGUGGUGGUCCUUGCCGACGUGGUCGGUAUUGCGGCUGGUCGUUGUGAGGUCAAGGUCGCAGAAUGGCUGCAGCGAGUGUCUGCUGCCAGCACUUCCGUGACUGAGAGCGACGGCCGCCUUCUGGACGGUGUUGCGGUGCGGUUCUUCGAGGGAUCCACUUUGUCCGGUGCCUUCGAUGUCCCAGUGGACUUGAUCGAGGCGCACCAACUCCGAUUGCGACCCGAUGAUCUUCUUUGUCUGCGUUGGCCGCGGCCAGCGGGGGAUCGACAGCGGGCUGGUCUCAUCAAGGAAGCUUUUCGAGCUCUGACGAGCAGCGAGCGGCGCGAGCGGCUGGGGCAGAAGGAGCUUCGAAAGCUGGCGACCUUCACAGGCUUUGACGGGACUGAUGAAGAUUGGGCGGAGGAAUAUGCUUCGCUCUGCACGGAGUUCGGAGUGACGGAGGAAGAAGGCCUCUGCCUGGCGGCGUUCUCCAAGCUUGUCGACGACAAAUCAGAGAAGGGCUGCAUCUGUUCCGACGAUGAGCUCCGGGAGUUGAAGCAGCUUUACGGGGACUCGGAGAGCCCGAUCCCAAAAGAAGGAGUGCAUCCUUCCGAAGUUUGGGUCGGGCAUGGAAUCGUGGAGUCUGCCGACAAGUUUGGAGACUCUCUGCAGGCGGAGAUCGGGUGUGGCCCGUGGGAGGUCUCCAGCACGCUGGGCCUGCCCCGGGAGCUCCGAAGCAAAGAGCCCACGCCAGGCGUGUCCUCUUUGAAGCAGUUGCAGAUCUGUGUGCUCGGCUUUCUCGGGAAGCCAGACCUAGCAUCUGCGGGCAAGAAGCUUUUCGAUAUUGACCUCGAUACGCUCACAAAGCCUCCGCUUUGGGAGCCGACGCUGGAAGAGUACUUCCCUGGGCAGCGUGGAGAGCGGGACGAAACAGGCCUUCCGAAGCCGGUAGUCCUCACAAAGCCAACUCGAGAAGAGUUCCUUUUCCAUGCUCGCCGUGGCUACCCCAUCAUCGUUUCUGAUUGGGCCGACGGGAUGGCGUAUGCAGGGUGGACUUGCAAAGACUUUGCCGAGAAAUUCCCCUUUGGCUACAUGAAGGCCGAGUACAUACAUGACCUUCCUGGGUUUGAUCGCAAGAAGCACGAUACAAAGGUGAUCGACGGUGAAUUGCGGUUUAAGUUAGGCUCCUUCAAGCCAGACGGGAAGACCUGGUGGCAUAAUUAUUCCAGGCCUGCUUCGAAGAAGUAUGCGGACGAUCCCUUGAAGCCCAAGCGCGGGCCUUAUGUCUGGCACGUAAAGGAUGAGCUCUCCGCGAAGGAGAAGCGGAUUGUGCAGCAGCGCUUCGAAGCCCCACCCUUCCUGCAGGAUCCCUUGAACAAAGCGAAGAUGAAUCGGAGCUUCGAAGUCUGGUUCUCUCCAGGAGGGCACUGCGGCGCGGGCGCCCAUGCCGACGGCUACUGCGAGUCCGUGGUUUCUUUGCAGCUAAGAGGGGACAAAAGGUGGCGGAAGAUGAUGUUGCCCAAGAUGUCUUUUCUGGACUCCUUUGAUGAGUUUGACGGGGGAGUCUACGAGACCGGAAAGUGGGCGCCCGACCUGGGAUUCUUAAACCAGGAGAAAGCCGCGGUGAUCUGGCCUCCGGGGUACUUGCACGAGACCUCCACGCUGCCUCCGUCGGACGGGGAGUGCGGCUCCGCCUUGACGCUCCAGUACGCCUUCCCACAGCCGGUUCAGUUCCUAAGGGCCUUUCUGCCCAGGCUCUCCUUGUCCGCUGAAGUGGGGCAGUGUGUGGCCAUGGCUUGGUCCGGGUACGUCACCUUUGAGGUGGGCGGAAUCUCGCCCAGCAGUAAAUCCAAGAAGAUGGAGGAGCAACUCCAAAAGAUCAUGCAGCUGGUUGAUACAGAUGCAGAUGGAGAGAUCACCGUUCAGGAGACGGUUGCUUGGUUCGGGCAUCCAAACUCUCUGGCCAUGAAGCGCCUCCCUGAUCCGGAGUUCAUGAAGCACAAGGACCUCGUGAUCAGCUUCAAGGCGGAGGACACAGUUGCGUAUCACGACAUGAACGAUGACAUGAAGGUGUCGCGCCAGGAGCUGUGGGAUUCGUUGGUGCAGUGGAACGUUGUUCGGGUUCGAGUCACCGAGGGCCUGAAGUUCUUGAACCAAGCAGAUCGAGAAGGAUUGGAGGCACUGGAGCGGUCGCUCGACUACCUUCGCAGGGAGCCCCUUGGGCUCCCGAAGUCCGUGAGGCCCGAGAUGGAGGAGAUCUUCCGCCUGGGAAAGGGCACCAAGAUCCUUCCCUCGUUGAAGCGCGUCCACUCCAUCUCCGACUCUGAGUUCUGGAGCGAAGCACGGGACGCCGUGGAGGUGAAAAACUCCGAAGAUGUCCGUUUGAGCUUGGUCUGCGGCACUUGGCUCAAGCUGCCAGGUGGUGACGCUACCAAUGCUGGACUGCUAGCAGGCCAUAGCUACAGAGGCUCCAAUGGCAUGAAGUCGGCGAUCACCGCAGGUCUUUCAAAUGCGGAUCGAUUCCUCUGGGCCUGCCCUUCAGGCAGCUCAAAGACCUGCAACUCCAAGCGUUGGAAGCUUCCUGGAGACCCCAGCCCGGAGAGCAUUUCUACAUUGAACGAGUGGUGCCAAGCAAUGUCCCCACAUCUGUCUCUUCGAUGGGACUUCGGCUUCCUGGAUGCCGCGCAGGACUCUUUGCAGAAGGCUGGCCGGGGUGAUGGAGGCCGCGGCCUCGACUUCUCUUGUGGGAGUGGAAAUUUCAAGGGGCAGCUGAACAAUCUUCUCCAUCGUCUUUUGAAAAGACCUGUCGUCAAGGGGGAUGUGGUGUACGAAGUCUCCGAAGCGGCUCCCUUCACUGCAUCCGUCUCUUUGACGCCUGACACGCUAUUCGGGAGUAAAAGCCACCCACCAGGUCGACGCUUCCUGGGUCAGCCUUGCAGCGCCAAGAAGCCAGCGGAGCAAGCGGCAGCUGCCAAAGCCCUUCAGGCACUGCAAGAGCUCUUGCCAGUGAGGACUCUCCAGCUGAAGAACCCUUCCGCUCCGAAUCAUCAUCAGGCUGUAACAGCCAACUACAAAGGCCAGCUGGUUGAGCAGCUCCAGCAGCUGUUGGGCCGUACCUUGAAACCUGGAGAUGUGAUCUUCAAGACGCAGGCCGAUGUGCCUCCCUUCGUCACCUCGGUGGAGGUUAACGUGCUGCAACCUUCGGCACUGCUGGGCACCGCUUGUCCCACCAAGAAAGCCGCCGAGCAAAGCGCCGCCCAGGCCAUGGUCGAGAAGCUGCACCGGGACCAUCAGGACAAGCUGAAGCGGAAACCCGUGCCAGGACCCAUGGCUCCUGCAUUCAGUUGUACAGUUACGCUUACUCUGGGAGAUUCUGUCAUCGUUGAAGCGACCAGCGAGAAGGGCCGCAGCUUCUGUUCCAAGCAGGCAGCGAAGGAGAAUGCUGCCUUCCGUGCAUGUGAUCUUUUAAGCCAGAGAGUUUCAGGCGUUGCAGGCCAGCUCCAGCUAGCAGAACAGUUGGGGCGGUACUCCUUCGGAGAGCUGUGGCAGAUUCUGGCACUUUGUGGAUCGGAAGUCUUCUUGUCCCUGAGAACGCGGUUUUUCCUUGUCAUUGCCGUGGAGCUGAGCUUCGUGGUGGAAUUGCUGUGGCUCCCGGAGACCUACCACUAUCAAGGGACCGCGCUGGCAGAGCUGCCUCAGAGCGCACCGCUGAUCCAAAAUCUCAUCUUGUAUGGUGGUGUACAGAGACCUGUGUCAGACCCCAUGCGCGACUCCAACAGCUUCCUUCGGGACCUUUCGCAUUACCAGCUCAACGACUCACAGCUCGAGGCUGUUCGGUCAGCGCUGUCCUCGCCGGUGACCCUGAUUCACGGCCCACCGGGGACUGGAAAGACGAGGACGGCUGCUGUGGUUGCCCUCACCUUUGCCAGUCACAAUGCGCAGAGUUCAGCGCGAGCCUGCAUCCUCUACACUGCCAACAGCAACCGGGCGGUGGAUGUGGCGGCGGAGGCCAUUACAGAGCUGUCGACUGAACGCCUCGAGGAUUUGUUCGAGACGCAAGCGCAGGACGAGAAGUGUGCCAUUUGCUGGGGCGAAGGUUGCAAUGCCAUCACAUUUUGUGGACACGUCUUUCACCGCCACUGCUUGAUGCAAGCGUUGAAGGCUUCCGUCGGAGGACGGCGGAAUUGUCCCAUGUGUCGAGCUGCCCUGAAGAGUAUCGAUGGCAUCCGUCUGCUUCGGGUCUACAGCAGUGACACCGAGAAUUUGGAGUUUCCCAUUCCGAAGGCUUUUCGCUACGACGGCGUCCGCGAGCGGCGGCGUUCUGCGGUUCCGGAGGAAAUGCGUCGAUUCGCACUUCACUGGAGGAUACACAACAAGGUUGCGAGCCACUUCAAUCCCCGAGCUGCAGCAUGUGAGGCUGCCUACGAGAAGUUGCUGCUCUGCAGCCCGCAAAGCUCCGAAUUUGAGGCUGCCAGGACAUCAUACUUGGAAGCACGACAAGAAGCUCGGGCGUUUGAGUUUCAAAGCUGCAACAUCCUCCUCGCAACCAACUGUUCCUGCCGCCGGGGCUGGAUCCCGCAGCUGUUGCAGAAGGAGAACAUAGAGCUGCGGCAGGUGGUGGUGGACGAAUGCGGCACAUCGCCCGAGCCAGAGACUCUUUGCCCCUUGACUUUGAGCAAAGCUGUGCAGAGAGUUGUCCUGGUGGGUGACUAUCGGCAGCUGCGUCCGGUGGUGAAGAACCGUGAUGCCGGCAGUUUGGGCCUGGCCUGCUCGCUCUUCGAACGCCUUUCUACCGGAGCCGGCGAGGUUGAGGACCCUGAUGCAGCGUCCACGCGCUUGCCGGAUGUGUCCGACCUACAGGAGCUGCCACCUGACAGGGCGCAACUGGUGUUCCAGGCUUUCUGUGCUCUUCGAGGCUCCUCCUCGUGCAGGCUUCAAGCUGAGGACAUGCGGGUCUUUGCAGAGCUUACUGGGUGGGAAGGAACAGAUUCCGAGUGGAGGGAGGAAUUCAAAGUUCUCUGCUCCGAGCUAGGCGUUGAGGAUGUGGACUUGAAGUCCUUUGCACGGCUCGUGGACGACAACAGCGAGAAAGGCUGCUUCUGUAGCAACGAGGAGCUUCAGAAGUUGGGCGGGCUUGCCACGCCUUCGCUAGGUGAGCAGGCGGUGCCGGCAAGCCAGCUAACACCUCCGCUUCAGGCACCAUCUUCAGUCUUGCUCCGGCAGCAGUAUCGGAUGCACCCCAGCAUGAACAGCUUUCCCUCGAAGCAGUUCUACGGGGGGAAGGUGUUCAGCGACAAGUCGACGCAAGACCGUCCGGCUGGAAUGCUUGCCCACGGAUACACCGGGUCACCCUCUCCAGUGCUCUUCUGGACGUCGCCUUCCACAUUCCAGGAGGAGGUGCACGAGGUCGCCACGAAGGACUCGUCCACGCGAUCCAAGGCGAAUGUCAAGGAGGCCGAGCGAUGUGCAAGGCUGGCAGCUGAAAUUGCAGCCCGGGCUGGCUCCAAGAGUGUCGCCGUCCUUUCCUGGUACAACGCCCAGGUGGUGGAGCUGAAAAGCGAGCUUCGCCGGCUUGGGGCAAAAGGUAUCCACGUUGGCUCCGUGGUUACGGCGCAGGGCUCCGAGUGGGACUAUGUCCUCCUGUCCACCGUGCUUUCCAACGGCAUCGGACUGACGGAGGCCGGGCAGAGAUUGGGGUGCCUUGCGGACAAGCACUUGCUCAACGUUGCUGUAAGCCGCGGCAGAGUAGGCCUGGUCGUGCUGGGAAGUCCUGAGGUGUUGCGCCUGGACCGUCACUGGGCCGCCUUCCUGGAGCACUGCAAGGGCCUGGGUGGCGUCCUUAAGGACGGUGACUCUCCCGCCCUCUCCGGCACCAGGAGCCACGGGCCAGGCGUCCCGGCAGUGCUCCAGCAAACCAGCGGCCAGGACAGCGAGGAUCCCUUCCGCAAGGUGUUGGAACAGUACAGGCAGCAGAAGGUCCAGGCUGCUGGCAGUCAGCAGUUUUACAAGCAGCUUGCCCGGGCGCCCUCGCAGGCAACCUCGGCAGCCAGCCCUUGCCCCUACCUGGCGGCAGCAGAAGCCAGGGAGCUUUGCUGGAGCAAAAAAUUGCUGGAGGACGGAGAGGGGAGUACCUCCGAUGACCGGCAGCGCAAGGAAUGCUUCAGAUUCCAUUGA